UGUGGAGGGAGUAGAAGGUGCCUGCGACGGCCUCGCCAUGACCGCGGCGAUGAGGCAAAGGUUUGACCGGUUCCUGCACGAGAAGAACUGCAUGACCGCCGUGCUCGAGCAGAUCGAGAGCAAGACGGGCGUGAACCGCACCUACAUCGCCACUGCCAUCGUCGGCGUGGUGGCCGUGUACUUGGUGGUUGGCUACGGCGCAUCCCUGCUCUGUAACGUCAUCGGCUUCGGCUACCCUGCCUACGUCUCAAUCAAGGCCAUUGAAAGUCCCAACAAAGAUGAUGACACACAGUGGCUGACUUACUGGGUUGUGUAUGGUGUUUUCAGCAUAGCAGAAUUCUUUUCCGAUAUCUUUCUGUCAUGGUUUCCUUUCUACUACAUGAUAAAGUGUGCCUUCCUGUUGUGGUGCAUGGCUCCAAGUCCUUCUAAUGGGGCAGAGUUUCUCUAUCACCGAAUUAUCCGACCUUUCUUUCUGAAGCACGAAGCUCAGCUUGACAGCGUUGUUAAAGACCUGAAAGACAAGGCUGCAGAGACUGCAGAUACCAUCACUAAAGAAGCCAAGAAAGCAACAGUGAAUUUACUGGGUGAAGAAAAGAAGAGCACUUAAACUAUCAACUGGAUAAAGUCUCCUUGCCACCUCCUAUAUGAAGCUUGAUGUUACUGGGAACUGCGGUAUAAUUUUAAUAAUAUUGCCUUGGAAACAUUUUGAUAUAUUAAAGGAAUGUGUUGCAAGUGUGCUUACUGCUUUCCUGUGUCUGUAUAGAAAGUAAGCAUUUUUAUUUAAAAACAGCGCAGUGGGCAGCAUCCAAAGUUUAACGAAAAUAUUUCAUUCAUCUUCAUGCAGAAGUCAUCUUUUAGUAAUCUCUUUCUCCAGUUACAUAAAUAAAAAGUAUAUAUCCGACAGCCUCUGCAAUUCAGUUCUCUGUGUGUGUAAUUACUGGUAACACUUUGACAGUUGCGCAUCUGGUAACAUUAUAUAAUAUUGUAUACAGAAAAUACCUAUCUGAAGAGGUUUUCUUGAAUGUACAGGGAAUUAUUGUGAGAGAUAGCAUAACAGAUGUACUACCUACCAAUGAAGUUGUAAAUAAUGAAAUUACAUAGUCUAGACACCUGAAGAUAGAGAUUAUAUCACUGUUGCAUGUUUCGCUGUAACACAGUAUUUAGUAGAGUGUGUAUUAAAUGGAUAGGUACUAAAUGUAGGAAAGAGUAACUUCAUUCAUGUGAUCAAUCUUAUAUUACCAGAAGUAAUUUGCCAGAAAUUGAUGCAUUAAAUUAGCACAAUAUUAGCAUAAGAUGACAAAAGUACAACUCCUUGCCUUUUCUUGCUAAAUAAAGCUAUCAUCUAAAAUUGUUAGAGUGCCUUUUAAGACUACACUCCAAAGCACAAGCUUAUGCUAAGGAUCUUGCAAAUACUUUUUUCCUAAAGGCCUGUUAAAAUACUACCUGCCUUGGGUGUCAUUCCCCAGAACCACAAUAUUAGUGGGAUAGUCUAUAAACCACAUGAACUUUUUCUGCUCAUAAAAAUCUGCAAUUCCUUUUGACUGUACUAAGAAUAAUUUUGCAUGAGCAGUGAAAUUUCCUGAAUAGAGAUGCUAUUGUCAUUCUUUGAUAUAUUCCUCACCAAUACAAAGUAAGUUGUUAAGAGAAUAAACACUUUUUUCAAGAAGUGGAAAACAAUAUUUUUUUUUUUAAGACCUGAAUCUGUAUUUGCUCCUUCACACUACAGGAUUGUCAACACAUUCAGCAUCAGUUACUGAAAUCUGACUGAUCUCUGUUUCUUUAAAGCUUGCAGUAAUACUGUGGCAGUUCUUAACUUAACUCACAAAACAUUCAAAUGGUAAGUUUAAGAUUUUGAAUAUGAUAAAAAGUGAUUUCUAGUCCACAGUCCUAAAUUCAGAAGAUAUUUUUACCUUAAAACAGAUUUCUGGCUUUUUUGCUCUUUGGCAUUUUGUUUGUUUUGUUAGAAGUCGGUAUAUAAAUAUUCACUGUAAAUUUUCAUGUAAGAACUGCAAAAGAAUGAAACUCUGCAACUCAUCAGGUCAGUUUUAAGUUUGAGAGACAGGUAUUGUAAGCAGACGUGUAAGUGUCUGAGAGAAAAGAAAGCAUUUUAAGCUGGAAAACACAGGCCUUACAGCUGUUAAUUUGGACAAGGAAGCAGAAGACCCACUGCACCAUUUUCUAUAGGAAAUCAUAGGUUGUGUUUUAAAUACCAGUAACUCUCUAUAUAGCAGCCAUGUGGCCAGUGUAGUGUGGUUUCACCUCUUGAAAUAAUACUUUAUUUGAUUUAGGUACAUAGUACUACAUAAUUUUCUUCUCUAAAAGAUGCUGAGAAGACUUACCAAGCCUCACAAGGUCUGUAGUAGAGACAGGACUUAUUUUUCAUUUCUCAUACUACUCAACAGUUCUUCCACUGUAAUAAUGGGGAUAAAGCCUUUAUAGUUAAGCAUUUAAACAUUUUGUUGCAUCUCUUUUAGGACUUGAAGUUAAGCUUUUAAACAACAUCUUAUGUUAACCAGCAGCUAAAUUCAGUGCUCCUUUAUCAGAUUUCUACUUGCAGUAGAUAGAUUGACCAUCUGUUGUUACCAGAACUUCAUCUUGUUUACCUUUCUGUGCCAGUAAAAAUGACUGAAUUUCUGCAGCAAGUUACCCUUUCCUGCAGGUACCUUCACUGAGCUGGACCCACAGAUCUGUGCUCUUUGCAGAGUCGUCUUCACAAAUGUUGGUACACACAUUUACUCCAUAUUUGUUCUGAGGUUGUAAUGUGCUAAAUAAAAAUAGACACAAAUAAAGAUACUAUU